AUGCUUUGGUUCCCCAAGUGCAUGUGUUUUGGGAAAAGUGGUAAAAGGUAUGUUGUAGAUGUGUUAUUAAUGUCUUUUUGGUUUAGUGACAGCUGUUAUUCAUCGGCGGAACAGACCACAGUCAACGGACGACCUUCGUCACAAACUUCGAACAAUAAUGUCGCUGUCAGUUUGUUUUAAAUUUCAUGUUUGAGCUUUUAGAUAACAUUUUAACUUGUUUUUAAAGGGUAUAUAAGUUAUUUAAAAAACAGUGUAUAAAGCUUGAAAAGAAUUUAUAAUUUUUAUAAUAUCUUACAGUCAAAACCUAGGAAGAAAUUAUUCUUGGGUUUGAAACGAAAGCCACCUCCAAACACGAAUCCUCCUCUCCCUCAGAAACCUCAGCAUUUCAAUCCUGAAAACAUCCCCAACAUCGACGAUCCCAUCCCAACGUACGAGUCUGUAGAUGUGGCGGAUUCAGAUGUAGCAUAUUCAAGAGUACAUGAACGACCACGAAGAUAUGAAUAUCCUACGUUCAACAGAACCAGAGCUUCCGAAGAAGCUGUCUACGCGAGUGCUUCCCAGAUCUAUUCUGGAGGUAGUGAAGAUCCUUACAGUUCUAUUGUAAGUGAUAUCGAAGGGAAGAAGGCAGAUGAUACCAGUGUGGGGUAUGCACGGGUACAAGACGACCUCACCCAGCCAUCUACUUCACGAGCUGUUAGGAAUGUGGAGAGUUUGUAUGCCAAGAUCAACAGAAACUCCAUUAACAGGAAGAUGUCAGAGAACAACCCUCGAAGACCUGAGGUCUUAUCCACUGAGAUCCGAGCUCCAGUACCUUCAACUUCGGCUUCGGUGCCACAACCAAUGGAACAUACAGCGUCAGUUCAAACUCAUACAGUCGAACCAUUGUUUGAGCCUGUGUAUCAAUAUGAAGGUAGUAUAACAUCAACAGAAAGCAGGAAUCCUUCGUACAAGUACCUGACGGUGAGGGAAACCCUUGGAGCUAUCAGAGAAAGGAUACGAGCGCGGGAGGAAGGGUAUGUGACAAUGAGACAAUAGCCUUAUCAUUUCUUUAAUUUAGUUUUUAAUUAAUAUGCAGAAAAUGUUAAAAGUUUUUAUAGUAUGCUCAAAAAGAAUUUGUAAAGUCAGAAUAUGAUUUCAGGUUACAACAGAAUCCUCCGAGCCGUGAGCAUUACUACAGUACCAUCCAGAAUGACUACGAAACCGUCAAAGACGUGAGGGCUCCUCUAAGUGUGAUAACAGACUCCAACUCCAAUCCUCGACCUCCAACUUCACCUGUUCCCAGCCACGUCCCUCCAAUGGUAAGGAGUUUGCCUCUCUUUGAUAAGACGUGGGCUCCCAUUUACACGGCCCAUUCUUACACAUCGCGGCCACGACCUAUAGUAAUAUCGCUAGCUUCCCUAUCUCGUGUCGGAGGCAGUGCUCCUGGUAGGCGGUCGUAUCGUCGUGGUUGUGAAGUAUCACACUGGUCUUUGCCAUUGUGUUUUUCACACUUUCUUGUUGUUUUUGUAGUUGUUCCUGCCAGAAUUUGCUUCCGAUAUUAUAGUAGUUUAGUUGGGAACGUCGUUUUGUGAAUUUAAAGUUUUUUCUCAAAUCUUUUCGAUAAAACUAGAACAGACAAUCUUAUGAUUUCCCAUGAUUACUUUCAGACAUAA